AGCAGCAGACGCCUCCCUUCUUCCACCUCAUCAGGUAGCGACCUCGCUAGCUCUUGGGCGCGGGCGAGCUCCAGCUUCUGCUGUGCGGAGAUGGCGUCCAGGGCGGCCGUCCUAGCGCUGCUGCUCUCGGCGCUCGCCGCGGCGGCGUCGGCGCAGCUGGACGUCAAGUUCUACAGCCGGUCGUGCCCCAGCGUGGAGGACGUCGUCCGGAAGGAGAUGGUGCGCGCACUCGCCGCUGCGCCCAGCCUCGCCGGCCCGCUCCUCCGGAUGCACUUCCAUGACUGCUUCGUCAGGGGCUGCGACGGCUCGGUCCUCCUGGACUCCACCCCGGGCAACACGGCGGAGAAGGACGCGAAGCCGAACCUGACGCUGCGCGGCUUCGGCCUCAUCGAGCGCGUCAAGGCCGCCGUGGAGGCGGCAUGCCCGGACACCGUCUCCUGCGCCGACGUGCUGGCGCUCAUGGCCAGGGACGCCGUGUGGCUGAGCAAGGGCCCGUUCUGGGCGGUGCCCCUCGGCCGGCGCGACGGCCGGGUGUCCAUCUCCAACGAGACCGACCAGCUGCCGCCGCCCUCGGGCAACUUCACCGAGCUCACCCAGCUCUUCGCCGCCAAGAGCCUCGACACCAAGGACCUCGUCGUCCUCUCCGCCGGCCACACCAUCGGCACUUCGCACUGCUUCUCCUUCUCGGACCGGCUCUACAACUUCACGGGCAUGGACAACGCCCGCGACACCGACCCGACGCUGGACCCGCUCUACAUGGCGCGGCUCCGCGGCAAGUGCCCCAGCCUCGACGACAACACCACGCUGGUGGAGAUGGACCCGGGCAGCUUCAAGACCUUCGACCUCAGCUACUACGGCCACGUGGCCAGGCGCAGGGGCCUCUUCCACUCGGACGGCGCGCUGCUCACCGACCCCUUCACCCGCGCCUACGUGCUCCGCCACGCCGGCGGCGCCUACAGGGAGGAGUUCUUCGCCGACUUCGCCGCGUCCAUGGUGAAGAUGGGCUCCGUCGAGGUUCUCACCGGCACCCAGGGCGAGAUCAGGAAGAAGUGCAGCGUGGUGAACUGAGUAACUGACCUGACCGACGAUCGAUCAUCGAUGGACGACUGUUAGUAUGUGCAGCAGGUGCAUCGUCACUCAGUCAGUAUGGGUUCAGACUUCAGACUUUUGGUUUCAGAAGAUGUACGACGAGUUUUACCUCCGUGUUCUUAAUCUCUCUUUUUUUUUCCGCUGCAUUGAUUGAUUAUUUUUGUUACA